CAACUUUCUCCCAUUCAUUUGAAUGGAAGUGACACAUUCUCUGCUAAAUAAUCUCGCAAGCAGCAGCAUUAAAGGACAUCCGGGUGCUUCUAGUGACCUUGGUUUGUUUGUGAGAAUCAUGGCGGCACUUGUCAGGAUAAGUUCAGUUUGCCACAGAGGUGUCAGGCCUCUAUUAUUUCGCUCUACCUCCCUUAUCAGACCUUUGGCUGUACAGAAGAAGGAUCAUGAUUGUUCAUACUUAGUCUCAGCAAAGAUACAUGGAACACCCUCCAACUACGCUUCUGGGACCAAAGUUGCUUCCUUGCACUGGACAGGAGAGCGUGUCCUGAGCGUAAUUCUUCUGGGCAUGAUGCCUGUUGCGUAUUAUUUCCCAGGCCCUGCCGUUGACUACUCCUUAGCAGCUGCACUUACUCUACAUGGACACUGGGGGAUUGGCCAGGUUUUGACAGACUAUGUCCACGGAGACUUUAAAGUCAAGGUAGCGAAUGCCAGCCUCUUCAUUCUGUCGACUGUCACCUUCGCUGGCCUUUGCUACUUCAACUACCAUGAUGUGGGGAUUUGUAAAGCUGUGGCCCUCUUGUGGAGUAAAUGACUGGACUGAGAUGUGGGCUGGGGGGAUGGUUUGAGAUAAGCUUUCGUCAUCCAUUCAAUUGUACACAUUCGUUAUAUUGUAUGUAAAUUCUAUAAAUAUAUAAUUUUUGACAAAAUAUCAUGUUCGCAUUCGCAAGUGUUUUUUAUUAUAAAUGCUGUCAGUUUGAAAAUCUCUGCAUGUUGUUCAGUCUCUUGUAUGGCAAAUCAGUGUUUAAUAUGCAUCCAUCUGAAGAAAUUGGUGAAGAGGUUGCCACUAUCACAACAGUAAUACUACAAAAUUGCAAAAAGACACCUUUACGAGGAACAAAAAAAGAAAUGGGGAAAAAUAAGGUAUAGUAUGUUUUGGCCGUAUAUUUUGGCAGCCAGCAUCUGAUGACUCAAAAUUGUAAAAUCAUAAUUGAUGCUGUUCAUGUGGGCAUGCAGUGUCAAUAUGAUAUAUGCAGAAUUAAGGUUAAAUCUUUGAAUGACUCAUUUUGUAAACAACACAAUUUUGAUCAUGAUCAUGUUAUGUUUGUGCUUUGGUUCAAAGAUAUUCAAAUGUUAAAUUGAUGUUAGGCACCCAUUUUAGCUGCCGUUGUUGAAACCUUGACAAAUAAGCAUGGGUAAAUAUAUCACAGGUUUGAACUUUUCACCCUCAUAUACGUCUUCCAAGACUGACCUUUUCAAGAAUUAACACAUUGAUAGUAUUUCCAUUUCAUAUCUCAACUUAGCAAGCCUGUGUUUCUGCACAAUUCAAUCAUAUUUCAUUGGGAAUUUGUAUAUGUGCUGUGUAUUAACCACAGUUUAAUUCCUAUAUUUUAAAUUGCUUUAAUAUAUUUAAAAAAGGUGUGCGACACUGAAAAUUGUAAACAGUCAGCUCAUGUGGGUAGUGAUGACAAGUCCAAACUGUAAAAUCUUUUAAAUAGUUUUGAAUGUGUUUUUCUGGCUGAUGAAGGUUUUAAUGGAACUCUAAAAGAAAAUAAAAAAAUUAAUUUGGAGAGGCUUGUAAUCUUAAUGCUCAGACAUGAUUAAGUCUAGCUGCACUUAUGUGUCGUUUAAAUUCCUAUAGGGGUUUGUGGUAUAAAUCUGUCUUAAUAGGUUUUUAUUUAGAUGAAAGCUUUACGUAAAAUUGUGCACCUUAAUCCAUUUAAGAAUAAAGCCAGAUUUAUGGAUUGUUUGGUUUCUUUGGAGUGCAAAAUAAUUUUUCAUUGCAUUGUGAAUCACAAAAUUCAAGAUUCAAAACCUUAAAUGAGCCAGUUUUAAAAUGAAACUGAUUGGAUACACAGUGUCAUUUUUUUAGGGUCUCUGUUAUCUGUGCUGCUGAUGGUGGACAAGAAGCACAACAUAUUUCAUGGGAUUCCUAAAUUUUUUAAUCUUUCAAAUAAAUGUUUAAAUAAAUGAAUAUGUUCAUGAAAACUAAUUAACACUUGAAUAAAAUGGGAUACUUUUCACCA